AUGCUCCUCGAUUUUAACUUUGCCGCACACAUCAAUCACCCCUCAACUGAAGAUGGCGAGGGUGAAUGGCAUGAUGAGAACCGGAAUGAUGUCAAAGGCGUCAUCUUCACUAUAGACGAGAUCAUUACUCGAGACGAGAGCCUCCGCGAUGCACCUCGCGAAGAACAGAACAUCGACAGCCUCCCUUUGGAGUGGUUAAAGCAUCAAGAAGUACAACUAGAUCGCCCCGUCGUUGAGUAUCGGCAAGUGCUGCAGGAACGGCGAGAUAGGAGGGCUUUAUACCCAGGGUCGGGAGAUGCUCCCAAGGCCAUCAACUGGCCUCCUCGGCUAAAGCCCCCGAAAGUUAGCGUACCUAUGGCAGACGUACAUGGAACUCCUCUCUCAGUAACCAUGGAUCAGUGGUAUGAGAGGAAACAGGCCAUCUUAGAAAGAGGCGGAAAGAUGGUACACGGCUGUGUUCCUGCUGGGAUCGACGCUGUGAACGAACUCUACGCUCGUCUUCUUGCGCAGUAUCUGCUCAAGCACUACCUAACCAUGUUAAAGCUGUCUGUGGAUAGCUCUGAACUGGAGAACCUGGUGAUCGGCGAUACACACUCGACGAUACCACCAGCGAAUCAUGUGUCGGUUGUCAACAGGGACUGA